AUGACGGCGCCGUCCCUCCCUAUUGACAUCUGGCUGAUCAUCUUCGAGUACAUAGACGCUGCCUACGACGUUCUCGACGACACCGACGCAGACUCCCUUACCGUACUCUGGUGCUUUAUUCGCAACGUCGCGCCUCAUCUUCGCGACUGCAUCGACGAGUACUUUUGCCAUGGCGUACUGCAGAACAUGCUCGUCAACUUGAGCUACAGCAACAUCAACCGCCAUGGUGGGCCCGCCUUCGCCCACCUCCACCCUAAGCCCCGGGUCGUGCACAGAGGGGUGGCAGCGGCGCGCACAGGUCCUCCAGCUUGGGAGAAAGAGCAUUUGAACCUUCGCGGCACACUCUCAGAAGGAGAUAGAAUGGACUACCUAGCCGCUCUGCGAGACCAUACCGGCAUCGGCAGCGGCUACCGACCGCCCUUGUACCUCAAGCUGCGUGAAGCAGCCAACGACACCGAGCUCGUUGAUCUAGUCGUCGACAUCGAAGCACGCGAGCUCUCGUUCGACUGGCGCCGCACACCUGCCUGUUCUUUGUUGAACAGCGCUUCAUAA